UUCCUGAAAUUAGUCGAGGGGAAAAGAUUGUGGGUGUUUGUGAGUUUAUUCGCAUGGAAUCUUCCUCUAAUUCUGGAGCUGGACCUGGUCGAGCCUCUACUGGUGCAAGUGAUGGUGCAAUGGCGAGAACAGUUGUGAGGGAUGUUGGGCUGGUUGAGCACAACUAUGAAGGUCCUCAAAUGUACUGUGAGUGUGGCUUCAAGGCACCAAGGUGGACUUCAUGGAGACCAUGGAGCAUUGGGAGACGAUUUUAUGGUUGUCGGCACUUCUUGAAUGAGGAUUUAAAGUGCCCGUAUUUUGUUUGGCAUGACUUGGAAUUGUCCCAUGAGAGAGCCAUUGAGCUACUAAAGUUGUUGAUUCCCGAGAAAAAGGCUCUUACAACAUAAAAUUCAGUAUUGAGAAGGCAAUUAAGAAACAGAGUGAAUGGAGGUGCAGUUGUUGAGUCAAGCCACACCAUUUCUACAACAGAUGAGGACACCAUACAAAAAUUUGAUGAAAUUAUUGAGAAAACUAUGGCAAAUGCUAUGAAUGAUAUUGUUGAAAGGAAAUUUGAUGUCUUGAUUGCAGCCUCUAUUGGUGUUGAGCUCAAAAAAUUAAUGGUUCAUAUUGUAUUUGGUGUCUUUGUUCUAAUGGUUGUGUAUUUGAUGUUUUGGGUGUUGUUCUAAGUGGGUAGGUGGUGUUUCGAGCGUAAAUGUAUGGCCCUUCUUUUGGUGUUUUGUGGUUAUAUGUGAUGACCAAAAUUUUGGAAGCUUUGAGAACAUGCCUAUAAACCAUUGUAAUGUAA